UUCUCUCUUUCUUCAAUAUUCCUCAAACAACAAUGUCUUUAGAACAUGAAUUUCUGUUCUUAAUUCCCUCAACAAUGGCAAAUAAUCUCAAUAUUUUCCUCUGUUUCCUUCUUUUUGUAGCCUUUUUCACCCUCUGCCUCAGCCCUGGCGGUCUAGCUUGGGCUCUAAUUUCAAAGCCAAGAAACAAACCCAUCAUUCCUGGCCCUUGUGGCACUCCUCUUUUAGGUCAAGUUUCUACCUUUACCAGUUCUUUAACUCAUAAACUCCUUGCUAGUCUUGCUCAUACCUUAAAGGCCAAAUCUUUAAUGUCAUUCUCAGUUGGGUUCACUCGUUUUGUGAUUUCUAGCAACCCCAUCACAGCCAAAGAGCUUUUGAAUAGCUCAGCUUUUGCUGAUCGUCCUAUUAAGGAAUCAGCUUAUGAGCUUUUGUUUCAUAGAGCAAUGGGGUUUGCUCCUUAUGGGGAAUAUUGGAGGAAUCUUAGGAGAAUUUCAGCCACUCAUUUGUUUAGUCCUAAAAGGGUCUGUGGAUUUGGGGUUUUGAGGGAGAGGAUUGGGGUUAAAAUGAUGGAGGAAAUUAAGGGUUUGAUGGAGAAGAAUGGGGAAGUUGAAGUUAAGAAAAUUUUGCAUUUUGGGUCAUUGAGUAAUGUUAUGGAGAGUGUGUUUGGGAAAAGUGUUGAGUUUGGUGAUAAUGAGAUUGAUGGAUUGGUGAAUGAAGGGUAUGAUUUGCUUGGGAGUUUUAGUUGGAGUGAUCAUUUUCCUCUUUUGGGUUGGUUGGAUUUGCAAGGUGUGAGAAAAAGGUGCAAAGUUCUGGUGGGGAAAGUUAAUGUUUUUGUUGGAAAAAUCAUUGAGGAGCAUAGAAUGAAUAGGAGGGUCAUUGGCAAAGAAAAUAACCCUAAUGUUAAUGAAGAUGGAGAUUUUGUUGAUGUGCUGCUUGAUUUGGAGAAGGAAAACAAACUCACAGACUCCGACAUGAUUGCCGUGUUAUGGGAAAUGAUCUUCAGAGGAACAGACACCGUGGCAAUUCUCCUAGAAUGGAUUUUAGCAAGAAUGGUUCUUCAUCCCGAUAUCCAAGCCAAACUCCAAUCCGAAAUCGACCGAGUCGUUAUCAAAACCGGCAGAAACAUCUCGGAUUCAGACCUCCCAAAUCUCCCUUAUCUCCAUGCAGUCGUCAAAGAGACUCUAAGAAUGCACCCUCCGGGCCCACUCCUCUCGUGGGCCCGCCUCGCCAUCCACGACACCCACGUGGCCGGCCACUUCAUUCCCGCCGGCACCACGGCCAUGGUCAACAUGUGGGCCAUAACCCACGACGACCAAAUCUGGCCCGACCCGACCACAUACGACCCGGACCGGUUCAUUAAAGAGGACGUGGCAAUAAUGGGGUCCGAUCUACGGCUCGCGCCGUUCGGGUCCGGAAGAAGGGUUUGUCCUGGUAAAGCCAUGGGGUUAGCCACGGUCGAGCUUUGGCUCGCUCAGUUGGUUCAAAGGUUCAAUUGGGUUCAAGCUGGUGGGUCGGAAAAUGGAGUGGAUUUGUCCGAGUGUUUGAAGCUGUCUCUGGAGAUGAAACACCCUUUGAUUUGUAGGGCUGUUCCUAGACUUGUGGGGUUUGAGUUUGAAUCUCACCCAUGAUGAUCAAAAAGAAAGAGCAGUUGAGGGAGAUUAUUAUAUUACUAUUGUAUGUUGAAAAUUAUCUGUGUUUGUUUGUGUUUUUUCUUUUCUUUUUUCCUUUAAUCAGGGAAGAAGAACUUUGGAUGUAAAAGGACUACUUUGUGUAUUGGGGUUUAGUGUUGUAUUUGCGUGGAACAAAUAG